AUGGGUCAACGUACUCUUCCAUGCCUCCUUCUUCCUUGCCAGCUUUUCCCCCGCGAAAUCCCCUAUUCCCUGGCCAUCUCGCUGACGUCCGUCGCUUCGCAGUCCUCCAAUCCGUUCUGUUCGUGCUGUCUGCACCUGCUUCUCCACCUUUUAAUCCACCACACGCGUCUCGUCAUCAGCUGCGACGGGAUUUCCGUUCUUCUUCGCGGCUGCGUCGAAAUCCAGGACGACUCGCUUCUCCAAUCCUCGCUUCUCGCCUGUCUUUUUCUCCUCAACACGCCGACGUACCGCCAGCCCAUGAUUCUUCUAGACCUCCAGUACGUCAUGGAGCCGUUCAUCGCCGAUCCCAUUCGGAGCGAUACCUCGUUUUACUACAUCGCCAAUCUGGCCGUGCUGACCAUCAUGCGAUCGUGGAAUGGAUUGCUGAUCUUCGGAAGCGACUUCGAUGGCUUCUCGAACUAUGUGAGCAUUCUGGCGGCGCGAGGCGAGGAAAACACGGUGCUCGCGAAGGAAAUGCUGUCGUCCCUGUUCGUGCUGCUGGGAAUUCCCGUUCCGAACCUGCUCAUGGAGGACGAGAUCCAGCGCCAGUCGAUCUUUUGGACCGAAUGCUCGCUCUAUCUCGACCGACUGAGCUUCUCCGCGAGCUCCAAGCAGCAAACCAAUCUCCUCACCACCUAUCUUUCCGUCAUGACGGUCAUCUGCCUCCGCGCCAAACUCCCCGAGACGCUCAUUCCGCUGACGCGCCACGCCGAUAAGGACGUGGAGUAUUUAGCCAAUCAGCUUCUCCGAAUCCUCACGAUCUUGGCAGAUAUCUUUCUCCCCACAUCGAACAGCUGCAGAGUCGCGAUGAUUUCGUCGUUUGUGAGCUCGCUGAAUGCGGGGAGGCCGCUGUCGCUGAUGGGAUACACGAUCGCUUCGACGUACAUGUACCCGAUCGUCCAGCACAAAGUGUACGGAAACACGUUUCUAGUGGAUUUCCUGUCGUGGUUCAUCGUGUUUGAGAACGUUCUCGAUUAUUUCUGCGCCGAUUCGCUCUCGGACGAGUCGCUUCGGUUCUCCGAGUUUUGUUGUUCGAAUCAUCCGGAUAUGAUGGACAAUGCGAUCAAGUCGAUGUAUCCCGAUAAGGACCAGUUCGUGAGUCUGCUAAGCGAAAUGAAUGUACCGAAUCGCGCGUUUCUUCUCAGAGACUAG